AUGAAGUCUGCCCAUACAUGGCAUCGAUCACAUAAUGCCGCUAGUCUAGUUAGAGAAGCCAAAGCAGCGAUGACGGCCGAAAAGACAUUGGAAACGGCUAAGGAGUUCUUGGCUAAACUGGAGAGGAAUGUUAACAUGGGAAAGGUUGAUGAGGAGGAGGAUGAAAAGACGAGAAAGAUGAGUAAGGUUAUUACAAACCUUUGUAACGAGUUGGAGAAGAGUAACAAAAACAAUGAUGAGAAUGACGGUAAGGUUUAUAUCAGUUUAUAUUGUUUUAUAUGAAUAAUGGGCAUUGGUUAAGAUUCAAGAGGUUUUAAAUCAUUUUAAAAUGCUAAAUUGAUUCUAAAUUAUCUUCAAGCUUAUGAAAACAACUUCCAGCCUCACAAUUAAUCGCUGACGACCUUAUUUUAGAUUAUCUAGAGAAUGCCAAAGAAAUGAGGGAAAGAGACGGUUCAGCUACAGAACUUCGACGUCGAUUGAAUUCAAAUACGAUGAGAAGGAGUGCAAUGGGUUCUCAAAUCUUCAGUACGUAUCCAAGUCAAAAUUCUCUUUCGGAGUCUGAGAAUGAAUACGAUGACACAUUUUAUGGAUUAAAUGAUUCUGACGAAACUGUCAAGGUUGAGGAGAUCUACAGGGCCAAAGCACCGGUAUGUUUUAUAUUUUUAUUUAUUAUUUGGGACAAUUACUUAGAAUGGCUACUUUAGCUCUAGUAAACAAAGGCUUCUUUAUAUUAUAGUAGGUUGUUUUCUUUUUAUUAAUUAAAUUUUAAAAUUUGUGGCCGGCCAAUCAAUUGAUUUUAAAUAUUUUAGUGGUUUAUUAGAGCCAUAACUCAUAUAUUGUUCUUUCUCACAGCAGCCGGAUCUGUGUACGGUGGUGCUAUUCUACUCCAAGCAAUGGAGCCAGAAGCUAAGAAGAUUCCGUUGAUCAAAGUUAUUUUAAAUUGUUUCGAUGCUGGUGCUCGAAUUGGAUGGGGUGCGAUGCCUCCAAUAUCAACUCAAGGAAGAAUAUUCAUGACAUUUUACAAUAUUUAUAUCGCCAGUCUUGUUAAUGCUCUUAUUGCGACUAUUGGAAGUGCUAUAACCAACAUUUACUGUAUUCAUUGGCCGGUUUUAGUGGCGAGGCUGCAGGGAAAGGUAGGUUUUUGUUUAUAAGAUGGUUAACGUGAAUAUUGGUCUAAGAAUGGAAAGAAGCGUUUAGAAUAUUGAACUAAUGUUGUUAUAGGACCCGAAGGUUCAUGAUAUUGGCUACGUGAUGUCGAUAAAAGUGUUGUUGUACUUCAAUGUGAUCAUGAUACUUUUUGGAUGGUAUUUGUGGAGUUAUCAAUUUGAAAAGAUUAGCUUGGUUAACACUACUUAUUUUUCGUACGUUUUGAUAUUUUGAAUGAUAUAGCAUACAAUUACUAUAAAAAAAGGUUUUCUUAACUUAGUAGUCACCUCAUCAAACUCAUUAGUUACCUUAUCAACCUUACAGUGUGAUGACAAUGAUGGCAGCGGCCUUUGGCGACGUUCAUCCCGAUCCACAAACUCAUGGUGAACUGAUUGUACUCAUGUUGUAUUUCCUAGUCGGUAUAGCUAUUUGGAGUGGUAUAUUGGUCAUUCUCACCCAUUAUGUAGAGAUCUACUACAUAGAGAAGAUGCGAGACCUUUUGCGAUGGAUCUAUCUCAAGUACAAGAAUAGAGGGACAACUUGUGAAGAGUGUGAUUGUAAACAUUGA